UAGAGGAACAUUACUUCCCUAUCAUGUUUGUGCAAGUAUAUACCACAGGCCCUCAUCCAGGCAGAAAUGAAGUUUAUCCUACACCAGCAGCAGGUUAUAUGCCACCUCAGGUCCCGAUGGUCAUGCCAGUCCCAGACAGACCGCUGGGCUGUCCACCGGGCCUGGAGUACUUGACCCAGGUUGAUCAGCUUCUAGGUAAUCAGAAAGUGGAAUUAAUGGAAGUUUUCAUGGGAUGGGAGGCCAAUAAUCAAUAUGUGGUGAAAAACAGUUUAGGGCAGCAGGUGUUUUUUGCUGCUGAGGAGAGCGAUUUUUGUACUUGUAUGGUUUGUGGACCAGUGCGCUCCUUCCUGUUUCAUAUCCAGUAUAACUUGGGACAGGAAGUGAUGACUUUAUCCCGUCCCCUUAACUGUGGUAGUUUUUGCUUUUCUUGCUGUCUGCAAGAGCUGGAGGUUCAGAGCCCCCCGCGCAACCCUAUUGGUUAUGUAAUGCAAAACUGGCAUCCUUUCUUACCAAAGUUCACCAUCCAGAAUGAGAGAAAAGAACCUGUUCUGAAGACUGUGGGGCCGUUCUGCGACUGCAAAUGUUGUUCUGAUGUUAUUUUUUAG